CGCGCGGAAGGGCCACCGCCCGCCGCACCCGACGCGAUGUCGGCCUACUUCGCGCGGAUGCUCGAGCAGUACGGAUGCAACGUCGACGGCAUCUGGCGCGCGGUCGUGGACGCGGGCAAACAGGUCGGCCUGACGCUCCCGCCGCUGACCGAGGAGGUCGUCGUGGAGGACAAGACGUUCGCGAUCGUCAAGAAGCUCGGCGAGGGCGGCUUCUCGUACGUCCACCUCGCGCGCGAAAUCCCCGACCUCGCGUCCGAAGACUACGCGCUGAAGCGCAUCCUGAUCCACGAGGAGGAGCAUCAGGGCGCGAUACAGAACGAGAUCGACGUCAUGCGCGCGCUGGACCACCCGAACAUCCUGCCGCUGCUCUACGCGGAGAUCGAGCCGCAUCGAAGCCCGCCGCCGGGCGCGAGGGUGUUCGUUCGGAAGCGCGCGAGCCUCGUGUUCCCGGCGUAUUUAGACGGGACGAUGUUCGAUCGCGCGACGACGCGGCCGGAAGCGGACGCGUUCACGUCGACGCAGCUGAUGUCGAUCGCGGCGCAGCUGUGCGACGCGCUGGAGUGUAUGCACACGCUGUCCCCGCCUCUCGGACCGAUCGCGCACAGGGACGUGAAGCUGGAUAACGUGUUGUUGGAGUCGAGCCCGGAGACGGAGGGCGGGCUCAAGGCGGUGUUGAUGGAUUUUGGCAGCGCCAAGCCGGCGAAGGUGACGGUAACGGACCGUUCGCAAGCGUUACUCAUCCAAGAGAAAGCCGCGGGCGAGUGCACGGCGUCGUACCGCGCGCCGGAGUUGUGGGACACGCCGUCGGAGUGCGUCAUCGACGAGCGCGUCGACGUCUGGUCGCUCGGGUGCCUCCUCUUCGCGGCCACCGCCGCCGGGAAGACGCCGUUUGAAUACGCGACGGACGCAGCCGGCGGGUCGCUCGCGCUCGCGGUGAUGUCCGGGAAGUACGCGUGGUCGGAGGCGGCGCGGAAGGCGUACCCGCGGGAGGUGAUGGCGGUCGCGGAGUGUUGUUUGGAGAAGGAUUGGCGAGCGCGGCCGCGCGCGAGGGACGUGAGGGAGAAGGCGAGAGAGGCGUUGGCGACGACGCGGCGGAAGUUCCUCGGCGGCGGCGGGGAGGGCGCGGGCGACGACGACGAGCCCGCGGUGCUCGUGACGGAAGAGGUGUGA